AUGGACGUCCACGUCGUCUUCAAAUCCAACAAUGCCAACCAUGCAACCUUCUCCCUCCCACCCCCAACAACCCCCCUGCCCGCCUCCUCCAUCCGCGUUCGCGCCUCCCUCCUAAGUCUCAGCUCAAACAACCUCACAUACGCCCUCCUCGGCGACAUGCUCCACUGGUGGGAUACCUACCCCGUCCCCGAUAACGCACCAGCCCCUUACAACGACCGCGCAGCCUGGGGCAUUGUCCCCGCCUGGGGGUUCGCGACCGUCCUCGAGAGUACGAUUCCAGAAAUAGCCUCGGGGACAAAGAUCUGGGGAUACUGGCCAGCCUCAGCGCACGUCGUCGACCUAACCCUAUCGAAAAAUCAAGACGAUCCAGAACCCCACUGGAUCGAAACAUCCCCGCACCGCACAUCGCUCCUCCCACUAUACAACCGGUACAUCAUCUCAACCGGCGCCGACGAAAACAGGCACGCCUGGGAAUCCGCAGUCCGACCGAUCUGGCAGUGCGGGUACGUCCUCUCGGAAUACGUCUUCACUCCCGAUCCCAGCACGAACCCGGCGAUCCACCCGCUCCCGGGCGCUCCGAGCGUGAAGCCCGAGUGGACGGACGAGGACGCGGAUAUCUCGAAGGCGGUCGUUAUCUCCCUCGCGGCGUCGUCGAAGACGGGCCGCUCGGCCGCGCAUAAUUUCGCGUGCAGACCCGCCGGGUCGGGGCCGUUGGGUUUGCUGCAGGUUACGUCUUCGCCAGAGGCGAUUGGGUCGGCUGCGUCGGGCCUAAAGCCACAAUUUGCUACGAGGACAGUUGAAUACACUCAACUUUCGCAGCCAGACGUCGGGCAGUGGAUCGCAUCCCUCUCGCCGAGUAAAAUCGUCAUUGUCGACUUCGGCUCGCGCGACGGCGGCUUCGACGCCGUGCACUCGCUCAUCCGAUCCCACGACGCCCUCGCCAAGACCGACCUCGUUAUCCUCGCUGUCGGCUUCCAGCAAAAGGUGUACACGCUCGCGGACGUCGCGGCGGCGCAGGCGGCUGCGGGGGCGCAUGGGAUUAUCCAGCUGAAUACGUCGCCGAUUCUGAGUGCGGCGCUGGAGGUUCAGGGGGCAAGGAAGGUUUAUGAGGGGCUGGAGAGGCGCUGGGAGCAUUGGCUGGCCAAUCGCGAGGUCGCUGCGCAGGAUCUUAGACUUGUUUGGGGGAAGGGGAUUACCGGGGAGGAGGGGAUUGAGGGGGGGUGGGAUAGGUUGUGUCAGGGGGGUGUUAAACCUGAGGAGGCGUUGGUUUAUAGGCUAUAA